AUGUCUACGUUUUUAAUGUUAAAAAAUGAGCGAAGAGCAGCUCUGCUUGCAGAGAGCAAGGGUGUCUGGGAGGUUGGAGAGAUCAUAGGUGAAGAAUGGAAUAACAUGACAAAGAAACAGAAGAAGCCUUAUGAAAAGCAAAACAAGGAAAAAUAUUUGGAAGAAAUGGAGGCUUACAAGCAGAGGAAGGAGGAAGAGUCUGCCAAUCUCAAAAAAGAAGAGGAAGCAAGAAGCCUUGCAAUUGCUCAAGAAGAAAGAGAAAACCGAUAA